AGUAGAUAAGAUGGCUAAUCCUCAAAAUCUCAUCACAUGGCAAACAAUCCUUUUAACAGUGUCAUCGCUUAAUUUGCUAAAGGUGAUCGAAACUCAAGACAGUUGUAGAGGCAGAUGUGCUUCCGUAUACGACCGAAACAGCAAGUGCCACUGUGACAGUGAAUGUAUUCGUUAUGGAGAAUGUUGUGAAGAUUACAGGACUAUCUGUACAUCAGAAACCUCCUGUUCUGGACGCUGCUUUGAGCAACAUGAGCGUGGACGGAAAUGUCAGUGUGAUCCUUCCUGCAUGAACUACGGGGACUGCUGCUCAGAUUUUGUUGCAAAUUGUGAAAAAGAUACCUGGAAAAAUCCUGCAUUCAUGGCAACAACAAGAGCAAGUUUAGUGUUCACCAGCUCCACAAGAAAGCCAACAGCAGAGAAACCAGAGUUUAUCAGCGAUACAUUGCCCCAACAAGAUGCUGCCAGCUUUUCGGAUGAUAACGCAAAAAUCAAAGAAGAGUCCAUGAAGCUAAAAAAUGGAAGUGCUAAAGUAAGUGAAGGAUCGACCAUCAUCAAUCCCAACAGAUUUGAACUUGGAAACCAUGAUUCUAAAAUCUCAGAUCAAGAAGUGACAGCAACUAGUUCUUCUGCAGAUACAUCUAGGGACUCUGAAAGCUUGGAUAAUGGAAUGAUAACUCCAUCUGUUUCAAAAGAUGGAACCUUCAAUUCUAAAAUUUUGGCGAAAGUCAUGACAACAUCUGUUAUUCCUGAAGAUGGGACCAUGGAUUCUAAAACCUUGGAAAACAGAAUGACAACACAUUAUGUUCCUGAAGAUAGGUCCACAACCCCCAAAACCCUGAAUGAAGGAAUAAAAACAACCACUGUUCCAGAGGCCGUUACCACAAAUUCAAAAAUACAGUAUAAUGAAAUGUCAACAGUUAUUCCUAAAGAUGCUAGCUCAGAUUCUAUGCCUUUGCAUAAAGCAAUGACCAUGCCCUCUAUGAAAGUUACUGCCAUAAAAUCUACAAUCUCAGAUGCACACACAACAAUACAUUCUGCCUCAGGACAGACUUCCUCAGUUCCUGAUAAACUGGAUAGAGGAACAAUAACAUUUCCCAUUCCUGAAGAUAAGUCCAGUAAUUCUAACACCCUAGAUGAAGAAAUAGUGACUGUUCCUGAAAGCGAUACCCUCAAUUCAAAAAUUCCAAACAAUGGGAUAAAAGCACCCUUGGUUAGUGAAAAUGUUUCCAAGAGUUCUGAAGCUCAAGAUAAUAAAACUAUAACACCCUCUCUUUCUGCAGAUUAUUCUACAAAUUCUAAAAUCAUGCAUAAAGGACUGACAACAUCCCCUAUCCCACAAGAUGUUCCCACAGAUUCGAAAAUUUUGGACAAGGGAUUGACAACAAAUACUGACCCUGAAGAGGUCACUGCUAAUCCUAGAGUUCUGGAGAGUGUAAAAACAACUUCUGCUCUUCCUGAAGCUGCUUCUACAAAUGCUAGAAUCUCAGGCAAGGGAAUGGCAUCGCUCUCUGUUCCGGUCCCUAGUCCUACUAGGAGUGAUAUCAUGGUAACUGAACCAACUCACGAACGGAGAAAUCAGAUAACUGGGAAAACCCAAUCAUAUGAAGACAUCCUUAAUGAUUCCAAUUUGUGUAAUAAGAAGCCUUCGGAUGCUAUGACAACUCUACAAAAUGGAACCACAUAUAUUUUUAGAGGCCAUUUAUUUUGGACAAUAAGCCAGAAAGGACAAAUAUUAGGACAUCCUCAAAGGAUCAGUGAUGUGUGGGGCAUUCCAUCCCCAAUUGACACCGUUUUCACAAGGUGCAACUGCCUUGGAAAUACGUACUUUUUUAAGGGAGACCAGUACUGGCGAUUUCAGAAUGGGCACAUGGACAGUGGCUAUCCUCGAAAAAUUGCAGCCGGUUUUUCAGGAUUGAGCGGCGAAAUAACGGUUGCACUUUCAGUGGCUGCAUACCGUAACAGACCUGAAACAGUGUAUUUCUUCAAAAAAGGUGGAUUAUACCAGAAAUACGUAUAUCAAAGACCCAUCACAUCUUGCCCACUAGAACGUACUCACAGCCCUAUUUAUCAGGUGGCAAGACGUUACAGGCGGCAAACAAUGGUUGCCAUGCAGAAAAGCAGGAAACUUCAAAAUAUAGCUCAACUUUCUGUUGAAAUGUCAAUAAGGAAAAACUGGCAUGGCUUUCCUCUAACAGUCACGUCAGCCAUUUCAAUUCCAAAUCCUGGACUUCCAGAAAAAUAUGAAUAUUAUGUGAUCUCACAUGCUAAAUCCUACAGGGUUGAUCCAGUGAACCAGAAAGCUACUUAUAUGAAAAGAAGUAUAACAAAGGAUGUGUACAAAUGCCUUUAACAAAACCAAAAACAUAAAUUAAAAAGGAAAGCAUUUUAUUCUUCUAUGGAAA